GCGAGUGACUUCUGACUGUCAGAAUGCUGUCGAAUGAUAUGUUCACGUAAUUUGUCAGUUCUAGUCGAUUUAAAAUCACAAUUCCGAUGCGGGCACUGAUGAUGACUCAAAUUAGGAUCGUGUAUACGUGAAUGUCUCUGAAAACAACACAAAACACAUUACUAAAAUGCUCUUUACAACGUCUGAUCACAACAUCAACAUCUUAGGUUAUGUUGUGAAUUCGAAAGUAUACUGUGAAUUCAAUGUUACAUAAAACAUAAAAAAUGUCUAUGUUUCGACAUUUAAAAAUAUCUUUGCCAAAGCUCCCUAACUGGAGGAUCCAUUCAGCUUUUAGUAAUGUAAAUUUAACGCCUUCUCAGACUGCUAUAGCAGUCACUGUAACGGUUAGUGUGAUAACAUUAGGUAUUGUAGCUAGAUAUUUGAGAAGAAAGCGUACGAAAAGUAUACCAAAAAAAUUUAGAAACUACAAACGACGUCUUAAUGGAGAUGCUGUCAGCCAAGCCAGUUCCAGACGUUCCAUCAGCCCUUCUAGACGUACCGUAGCAAGUUCCUUGCAAGCCCUAUCAGACCGAUUGUCUUUGGCUUCUGGUUCUUUAGCAAUGGGUAACAACGUAGGCGAAUGCGUGCAGUUGACACCUCAACAACUAGGCGUAAUGGGCAUGGAGGCUUUAGAAACUAGUAUCACAUAUUGGGAAGACGCCUUACACUCUUUUCCCAAAUCCACAAACGCUUUAGCUGUAAUGUCGCCUGAAGAAGCAGAAUUCUGCCACGAGAUACAAAAAUUACUAGAUGCAGCUUAUCAAUUGCAAGACAGUUGUGAUUAUUUGUUUCUGGAUCAAAGAAGCGUUUUGUUUCGUACUGAAAGUGUUGAUUCGAAACAGACACAAACUUCGAAACAAACACACAAUAGUAAUAUGUCUGAAACGAGUGUUGAAACAGAACAAUCAACUGCUGAAUCUUUUGCGUCAGCACAAGAUAUGGUUGCUGAUUUGAGGGAGUUUGAGGAGUUCAAUGAAAUGUUUCCGGAUUUGAACAAACUACCAUUGUACAAACUGGCCUACGCCAGUUUGGAGAAUGGUAUUCCUUAUCGUAGUUUAAGGACUGAACUGGUUCAUUGUGGGUCCGACGUGGAAUACUUAGUAAAACUACAUUGUAUACGUUUGGCAUUCCAAUAUAUUUUCAAAGACUCGUCUAAAAGAAUUUGGUGUGCUGAUAUGGGACGUCAAAUAUUAUCAGAUUUACUCUUAUAUGGUGAUAAAGAUCCUAAAGACUUCCUAAUCGGUUACGAAGACAUGAUGUCGUACAUCCAAAACCCUCAAAAUUUAGCCUUAAUGGAACAAGAGUUGUCCCAAAAAGUCAAAGCACUAACAUUCUACGACGUAGUCCUAGAUUAUAUUAUCAUUGAUGCAUUUGAAGAUUUAGAAGCACCACCGUCCUCAGUCAUUGCAGUUGUGCAAAACCGUUGGUUAUCUAACGGUUUCAAAGAAACCGCUUUAACAACAGCCGUAUGGUCAGUCUUAAAAGCCAAACGACGAAUGUUAAAAUACCCCGAUGGAUUCAUAUCUAGAUUCUACACAAUUUCAGAACAAAUGUCUCCUUUAAUGGCUUGGGGCUUUUUGGGACCCGAUGAAAAACUGAAGGAGAUGUGUAAACAUUUCAAAGAACAAAUGAUGACGUUCUUAGUGGACAUUUAUAAUUUUCAAAAAUGCAGAUACACCUCUGUAGAAGAGUUAUCGAGUGAUAUUUUUAAAUUACUUGAGAGCACUGUCAACAAUAUAAGUCUCAAGCUUCUAACACAAUAA